AUGGAUUCAAUUGAUCGUGGCUCCGUCAAAGAUGUUGAUCAACAACAAUUUACCAUUGCAUUUUCUGAAUUUCUCAAAAAAACUGGCAAACUUGAAGUACCAUCUGGUAACUGGGUAGACAUUGUUAAAUUAGGUAUUCACAAAGAAAUGGCACCUGUUGAUCCAGAUUGGUAUUAUACACGAUGUGCAUCAAUAGCACGAUUUCUUUAUUUACGUCGAACAGGUGUUGGUGCUUUUACACGUGUCUAUGGUGGUCGUAAGCGUAAAGGUGUACGUCCAUCUCAUUUUCAACGUGGUUCACGUAGUGUUGUACGUAAAUGUAUACAAUCACUUGAAAAAGCUAAACUUGUUGAAAAACAUGCAUCAGGUGGUCGUGUACUUUCACAAUUUGGACGAAAAAAUAUGGAUACAAUAGCUAGACAAGUAGCCGAAAAACUUGCUCGACAACAACAACAACAAUAA